UGAAGGACAGACUCAAAUGGCUGCUAUUCUGGAGGCUGUGCCAUGCCAGGCUGGGGCCGUGGAGCUCCUGUAGAACGAGCAACUGUGCUAGAGGAUGAGGACAGAGCAGCAGCCAUGACCCCUACUCACACCUGUGCAGUGUGAUAAAGAAAGCAGCUUGAGGAAGUCGGACCAAAUAGCAGGAAGGUAUUGCAGCAAGAUGGAUUUGGGAAAGAACCAAUCUCGUUUGACACUCCAUCCAACCUCUGAUCCUCAUCAAGAAAAGAACCACAUUCCAGAAGUCAUUGGAACGUGGAGUCUGCGAAACAGAGAGCAACUGAGGAAAAGAAAAGCCGAAGCACAAGAAAAGCAAACGUCACAAUGGCAAUUUGGAGAGAAAAAACACAAGCGGCAGAGAACAGGAAAAGGAAAUCAAAGAGGCAGAAAGAGACAACAAAAUACAGAACUAAAGGUGGAGCCUCAGUCACAAUUAGAAAAGGAAAUGAUAAAGGAAGCACUGGCACCCACAGAGAAAGAAAAUGAAUUACCUCGGAGUGUAACUGAAGCUCUCCCUUUGGUUGCCUCCCCUCAAAGAGUUGUACCUGAGAAAAAAUGUUCUGCAAUAGGUCAAGAAAGCAUUAUACAUCAGGAAAAUUCUUCUGAAUAUCAAGAAACAAUAAUGCAAAAGUACUCUUCUGAAAUAGGCCAAGCUAUGGCUGAACCUGAAGACUGCUCUCCUAAAAUAUGCCAAGAAGUAGCUGUAAUUCAAGACCAUUCUUCCAAAAUGUGCCAUGAUAUGGCUGAACCCAAAGACCUCUCUCCUAAAAUGUGCCAAGAAGUAGCUGUAAUUCAAGACCAUUCUUCCAAAAUGUGCCACAAUAUAGCUGAACCUGAGGACCUCUCUCCUAAAAUGUGCCAAGAAGUAGCUGUAAUUCAAGACCAUUCUUCCAAAAUGUGCCAUGAUAUAGCUGAACCUGAAGACCUCUCUCCUAAAAUGUGCCAAGAAGUAGCUGUAAUUCAAGACCAUUCUUCCAAAAUGUGCCAUGAUAUAGCUGAACCUGAAGACCUCUCUCCUAAAAUGUGCCAAGAAGUAGCUGUAAUUCAAGACCAUUCUUCCAAAAUGUGCCAUGAUAUAGCUGAACCUGAAGACCUCUCUCCCAAAAUGUGCCAAGAAGUAGCUGUAAUUCAAGACCAUUCUUCCAAAAUGUGCCAUGAUAUAGCUGAACCUGAAGACCUCUCUCCUAAAAUGUGCCAAGAAACAUUGAUAGCUAAAGCCCUUCCUUCUAAAACAUAUGAAGACAUAGCUGGCAUGGAAGGACGCUCUCUUGAAGCACACCCUAAACCAGAUGUGCCUAAAGGCUAUGCUCUUGAAACAUACCAAAAAAGAGCUGAACCCAAGGAAGACAAUACUGAACCAGAUCAAGGAACAGCGGGGACUGAAAGCUUUCUUUCUAAAAUACAACAAGAAAUAGCUGUGCCUAAAGACCUUUCUACAAAAACAUGCCAUGAAACAGCUGAACCUGAACACUUUCCUCAUAAAGCAUAUGAAGAAAUUGCUGUACCUAAAGCCCUGUCUCAGAAGACAAUCCAAGAAACACCUGCUCAUGAAGAAUGUCCAUCUGAAAUAUACAUUUACCAAGAAACAUCUGGGCUUGAAGACUGUGCACCUGACAUACACCAAGAAAAACAAGGGCCUGAAGACUGUGCAUCUGAAAUAUAUCAAGAAAUACCUGGGCCUGAAGACCUCUCUACUAAGACAUAUAAAAAUAAGGAUCUGCCUAAAGAAUGCUUUCCAGAAGCAGUUGGGCUCCAAGGCCAGGAUCCUAAAGCACACCAGGAAGAUGCUAAGGAUGUUUAUGCUUUUCCUCAAGAAACGAAAGAAACCCUGAAAGCACAAGAACCAGAGAUACCAGCAAUUCCAAACAUUCCUCAAGCAACUCACCCAGAAAAUGAUGUUUAUAGUUAUGUUUUGUUUUAACAAUGCUCAGUCAUCACAGUUGUGCAACAAAAUACACAUUUUAUUACAUGUUAUUUUUCUCAAAAUAUUGUAGAAAUCUCUACAAUAGUCUUUAACAUUUUAAUAGUGUUUUUUUUUUUUCAUGUAUAGACUAUAUUUGAGAGGACUAAUGUGUUUUUUUAGGCUCUACCACAUAGACAAUAUCCUGCAGUGUGUGUGUGCAUGUGUGUAUGUGUAUGUAUAUAUAUAUUGGGGUGAGAAUAGCGGUGGAAAGAGACAAAAAUGGGAAAGGAGAGGGCUGAAUAAUUAAUUUCACCCUAAGAACUAACAUUUCUUUGAUUAAAUUUUAAGAACAGAAAAAUUAAGUCUGAACACUUAAAAUUUGGGUGAGUUUUCUUGUAAACUUUGUUGAACUAAUAAUGUAACAAUAGUAUCAAUUUUUUUUUUUUUUUUUUGGUACGUGCCCCUAGCGGGAACUGAACCUGGCACUCUCUGGUCUGCAGGCCGAUGCUCCAACUGCUGAGCCAAACAGGCCAGGGCUAGCAUCAAAAUUUUAUCCAGGCUUCAGUUGGCUUUUUAAGUUAAACAAUUCUUAUCAUUCUGGGACACCAAGGAUAUUUUGGAGUGCUGAAUGUAGUUUACUUGUGUAUUUGAGUUUUGAUUUUCUAUUUUUACAUAUUUGUGCAAAAAUGUACAUUAAAUAAUUAUUACAUGCUUAACUGUGUGGCAUGCAUCAUGGUAAGCAUUUUGAAGGUUGGAAGACUUAGAACACAUAGUCCUUGCCCACCAGGGGUUUAAUCUAGUCUUAUGGGGGACUAAAACCCAAAGCAAAUAAUUACAAAAGAAAACAGUAAAUGCUAGUGCCAUUUGAACAGUAGAUACAAUUAAGGGAAUGCUCACAUUUUGCUGGAGUGACCUGAAAAAAUUAAACAUGAAUGGAGCCUUGAAAGAUGGAGAGGAUUUGUAUUAUAGGUGAGGAUAAUAGGAUUACUAUUGUAUGUGACACAGAGAGGGGUGAAUUCAGGUGUUCAAGACAUUCAGUCUAUGUGGAAUAGCAGGCUAGUAAGUUAAAAAUCUUGUAUUAUUAGAGUCCAGAAUUUUGCAUACUUAAUUAAGAAAUAUAUCACUUACUUGUUAGGGAAUGGGGAACUAAAUAAGACUUUUGAACAAUGAAGUGGCAGUUUUAGUAUUUUAGGAAUAUUUGUCUGUGAUAAUGGUCAGGAUUAACUGAAAAUGACAAAAGAGAUUAUGGGCAGGAGCAGACACUCUUCUGUGUGGGAAGAGGUCUGAAAUCGCCCGGUAUUUUUUUGGGUGGGGGGAUUGUUUUCAGUUUUCCUUCGUUUGUGACACAGAUUCUUACAAAUAAAGUUUGGUUCGGCAAGGGCACAAUUGCAUAAGCUCUCCAUGUAGGCACUCCAUGUAAGUACUAGGCUACAGUGAAGAACAAGACAAUCCCAGUCUAUCAAGCAUUCAUGGUGUAGAAUGGUGGUUCUCAACCCUCAUGGUAUAUUAGAACCACUGGGGAAGAUUUCAAAAUUACAGAUGCUCAGACACCUUCCUGGGGCUUCUAUGCACCUGC